AUGAGGUAUUGGAGAAAUCAGUCUUCUGUUGGAACAUUAUCUUCGGAUAUAAUAUGUAAUACUGACAAGCUGACAUUAUUUAAACUCUUCACGUUGCAAAUCAAUCACGUAUGCACUGUUAAUUUCUCCAUCAAAGCAAAUAUCCCAGAAGUGAAAGAAGAAGAUGAGAAGUUAAAAACUCCAAUAGGAGAUGGUAAAGUAUUCAAAAGCAUAGAGGAAGCUGUAUCUGAUGUACACAAUGGUGCCAAACUUUUGGUCGGUGGAUUCGGUCUCUGUGGUAUCCCGGAGAAUUUAAUAGCAGCUGUAUUAAAAAAGGGUUCUAAAGAUUUGAUAGUAGUUUCUAAUAAUGCUGGAGUGGAGGACUUUGGACUGGGUAUAUUGUUGAAGGAGCAUAGAAUUAAAAGAAUGAUCGCAUCAUAUGUAGGUGAAAAUCCUGAGUUCGAGAGGCAGUAUCUCAGUGGCCAAUUAGAGGUCGAGCUAACACCACAGGGUACUUUAGCAGAACGUGUGAGAGCAGGUGGUGCCGGUAUUCCAGCUUUCUACACCCCCACGGCUUUCGGCACCAUUGUGCAAGAGGGCAAUGUCAUUGUGAAAUACGACAAGAAUGGCAACGCCGAGAUAUCGGGUGAGCCGAGAGAUGUGAAUCAAUUUGAUGGGCGAAACUACGUUCUGGAGACAGCCAUCACUGGUGACUUUGCACUCGUGAAGGCGUGGAAGGCCGAUACCGCCGGCAAUCUGAUCUUCCGAAAGUCAGCGAGGAACUUCAAUCCUGUGAUGUGCAAAGCGGCCAAGGUGGCAAUCGUCGAAGUGGAGGAAAUUGUAGAACUCGGCGAGUUGAAUCCCGAUCACAUUCAUUUGCCUGGCAUUUUCGUGGACAGGAUUGUGAAGGGUCCAUCUUACGAAAAACGAAUCGAGAAACGUUCGACGAAGCAAACUAUGAAGCCUAAAAAAGUGACACCGGCUACGAAAGCGAGGGAAAUGAUUAUCAGGCGUGCCGCUCUCGAAUUUAAGGAUGGAAUGUAUGCGAACUUGGGAAUUGGUAUGCCCAUGUUAGCUAGUAAUUAUAUUCCGAAAGGUGUGAAAGUGACGUUGCAAUCAGAGAACGGUAUCCUUGGACUGGGUCCUGUUCCAGAUGAAGCUGAUGUCGAUGCCGAUCUUAUUAACGCUGGAAAAGAAACCGUAACAGUUUUGCCCGGCGCUGCUUUCUUUAGUAGUGAUGAGAGUUUCGGCAUGAUUAGAGGAGGUCAUAUUGAUCUGACUAUUCUUGGAGGUAUGCAAGUGUCAGAAAAUGGUGAUUUGGCUAACUGGAUGAUACCCGGUACGAUGGUAAAAGGUAUGGGAGGUGCCAUGGAUCUUGUUUCUGCAGCGACCACAAAAGUAGUAGUGACCAUGGAACAUACAGCCCGAGAUGGAAGCCCAAAAAUUGUAAAGAAUUGUACUUUGCCUGUUACAGGACAACAAUGUGUAGAUUUAAUUAUCACAGAUCUCGGAGUAUUUGAAGUGAUGAAAGGAGAAGGACUGAAGCUUAUUGAGAUUGCACAUAAUGUCGAUAUUAGCGACAUCAUCAGUUCGACAGGUUGUGAAUUUAGUGUGGCUGAUGAUCUUAAGGAGAUGGGUCAAGUCGAAGUCGAUUGAAUUGUAAAUUGUAAUGUAUUUUACAAAUUUUAAACGCGUGAUAAUUCAAUAUCAUGCCUGAAAGUAAGUUUUUAAUAUCUUUUACAAACUAUAUAUACAUAAUUCCUAAUACAGAAAAUUCUGUGCAAUUUAAUUUAAAACGAAAAACUAGGGUCGCUUGUUAAGUCUCUGUUGAUGUGUCUGUUUUCUAUAGAUUUAUCUAUACUUCUCGUGUAAUAUAUUGUAACAUUUAAAUGAUUAGAUAAAUGAAUUUGAUGAAGCAUCUAUGUUAAUUGCAUAAUAUACACAACAGUUAAUACAUUUUUUAAUGUAUAUAGAUUUCUAUUUUUUGUAAAAUAUCAAAACGAUUUAUGUAUUGCGUUUACGGCCAAGUAAAA